GCAACGUGGGCGGCGACGAGCAACGAGCGACAACGGGUAAUAGGAUGGACUACGCCUACAAUGCCCUCGACCGGGGCUACAUUCCCGACUUUGUCCUCCGCCGGGCCAUCCGCGCCCUCAAUGCGCAACGAAUCGGCUCGCUGCCGUCGCCCGCCUUUCCGGCGUCGUAUGAGAAAUACAUCGCGCACAAGCUCGACUAUGUGCAGUCGCUGAAGCAGCGCGAAAUUGCAAUCGACCAGGACAAGGCCAACGAGCAGCACUACGAGGUCGACACGGGCUUCAUGAUGAGCUGCCUGGGCGCGAGGGCAAAGUACAGCUGCUGCUUGUACCCCACGGGCAAGGAGACGCUCGACGAGGCAGAGGUCCUGAUGCUCAACUCGUACUGCGAAAAGGCCAUGCUGCGCGAUGGUCUCGACAUUCUCGAUCUCGGCUGCGGUUGGGGCUCGCUCUGCCUCUUUCUGGCGGAAAAGUACCCAAACUCGCGCAUCAAGGCGCUGAGCAACAGCCGGACACAGAAGCUGCACAUUGACUCCAUCGCAAAGCAAAAGGGCUUCUCCAACCUCGAGGUCUUUACCGGCGACGUAAAGACGUACGACUUUCCCUCGGACAUCCGCUUCGAUCGCAUCCUGUCCAUCGAGAUGUUUGAGCACAUGAAGAAUUACUCGGCCCUCUUUGCCAAGGUCUCGUCCUGGCUCCGCUCGGCAAAGGACAAUAGCCUCAAGGACGACAAGUCGCUCCUCUUCAUCCACAUCUUCUGCCACCGCACCACCCCGUACCACUUUGAGGAGGGCGACGGCUGGAUGCAAAAGCACUUUUUCACCGGAGGCACCAUGCCGUGCCACGACCUCUUUCUCCACUUCCAGCAGGACGUCGUCCUCGAAAACAUGUGGUGGCUCAACGGCAACCACUAUGCGCGGACGUGCGAGGACUGGCUCAAGAAGCAGGACGCCGGCAACGCGCGGGGCCAGUCGGUGGUCAAGCUGCGCCAGGAUGCCAAGAAAAAGGCAAACGACGAGCUUGAGGGCGAAAAGACCUUCUACCGCUUCCGCGUCUUCUACCUCGCCUGUGCCGAGUUCUUUGCCACUCACGGCGGUGAGGAAUGGGGCGUGGGACACUAUCUCUUCUCCAAGCGCGAGUGAAGCAGCGAACAGCCCUCUUGUGUCAAUAAUGAAGGUUGCUUAAGUCUAAUGAGAUUAGUUAUGGGCAUGCGAAAUACUACAUGAAAGAUCGAUGUGAUGGCCUCUACCCCAAAUGAUGAGAACCC